AUGGAGUCAGAGGGAGGUCAAGCUGCUAGAAUUCUCAGCGAAAUAGAUACAUUAAAGGGCAAAAGGAGCGACAUAGACAAUCGAAUUUCUGCUCUCGAAGCUCAACUCGGUGAUUUGAAUAUCGAGAAAAACAACGGUUCCUGUCCUUCAAUCUCUACAGGAGGCUUCGGUCACGGAUUAUCACCUGAUAUGAUAUACCGUUACAGUCGCCACCUGCUGCUCCCCACUUUUGGAGUUGAAGGUCAGUCAAAUCUGUUGAAGUCUUCAAUUUUAGUAGUUGGAGCUGGAGGGUUGGGCUCGCCUGCUCUUUUAUAUCUUGCAGCUUGUGGUGUUGGUAAGUUGGGUAUCGUUGACCAUGAUGUUGUUGAGCUGAAUAAUAUGCACAGGCAGGUUAUACACACAGAAGCAUAUAUUGGUCAGCCAAAAGCGAAAUCUGCUGCUGGCACCUGUCGAUCGAUCAACUCCACAAUUCAAAUUGUGGAACACCAAGAAGCUUUACGCACAUCCAAUGCAUUGGAUAUUCUGAGCCAAAUUGCAGUUUCCAUAACCGCCAACUUUGUUAGAUAUGACAUAAUAGUAGAUGCAACAGACAAUGCUCCAAGUCGUUACAUGAUCAGUGAUUGUUGUGUGGUUUUGGGGAAGCCACUUGUUUCAGGUGCUGCAUUGGGAUUGGAAGGGCAGCUCACAGUCUAUAAUCACAAUGGAGCUCCAUGCUAUAGAUGCCUUUUUCCAACUCCUCCACCUACAACUGCAUGUCAAAGAUGUGCCGAUAGUGGAGUUCUUGGAGUGGUGCCUGGCAUUAUUGGCUGUCUCCAAGCAUUAGAGGCCAUUAAAAUUGCAACUGCUGUUGGUGAACCACUAUCAGGACGGAUGCUUCUUUUUGAUGCAUUUUCAGCUCGAAUUCGUAUUGUACAGUCCAUCCUUCAUAUCUUUAAAAGCUUCUUUAAGGUCAAAAUCAGAGGUAGAUCAUUACAAUGUGAAGUAUGUGGAGAACAUUCAGCUUUCACGCAACAACAAUUUAAAGAUUUUGAUUAUGAGAAGUUCACUCAGUCUCCAUUGUUGGUGGCUCCCGUGAAGUUGAACCUGCUUAUAGAAGAUUACAGAAUACACAGCAGAGAGUUGAAGGAGAAAAUUGUUAAAGGGGAGGCACAUGUGUUGGUAGACGUACGCCCUGCACACCACUUCAAGAUUGUGUCUCUUCCCAAUGCCUUGAAUAUCCCACUAUCAAGUCUAGAGUUUAGGUUAGCCGAGAUCUCAUCAGCUUUGAAGGAAGAGGAAAAGCGGAAGGGUAUUGGUUUUGAUUCUAGUGCCAGCCUGUAUGUGAUAUGUAGACGAGGUAAUGAUUCCCAGAGGGCUGUUCAAUUGUUACACAAAGUGGGCUUCACUUCAGCCAGGGAUAUAAUUGGAGGCUUGGAGGCCUGGGCAGUUGAUGUGGAUCCCAACAUCCCUACCUAUUAA